UCAGGCUGGGUGCCUGGGGGACGCUCUGUGCCCGUUUAACUUAGUUCUGUUAGUCAGAACAGAUCUGUUCUGUUAGUUCUGUACAGAUCCGAGCCUCGGAGGCUCCCCCUCCGUCCCGCUGGCCUCUCAGUUGGAGAGGGGAGACCCAGCGAGCGAGCGCCAGUCCUCCUUUGCCGCUCCCUCCCCGGGGGACCCGUCCCGCGCUGCUUUGCCUUUUGUUCUUUCUUUUUUCCUUUUCUCCUACCAGAUUUUUGGCGUCUUUAUCUUUUGAAGAGGGCGAUGUUCUGUCGGAGUUCCACAGGUGCUCUGGUUGGCUGAGUGGGUCUGUAGUUGUGGGUCUUGGUGUAUCUGUGGGAGAGGGUGACCUAUGAGCGUCCUUCUACUCCGCCAUCUUCCGGAAAUCCCCCAUUCCUCGUUUAAGCUCAAGAUAUCACCUCCUCCAAGAACCCUUCUCCUACCACCUUUCUAUAAUUAAGUCCUCCAGGCAUUUCCUACAUCUGCGCUCUUUGGGUUUCCCUGAAGUCAUGGAGGCCCAGUUGUAAUUCUGUAUUUGCCUGCUGACUUGUUAGCAUCUGUCUAUAAGCUCCCCGAGGCUGGAACCAGACAGGGCGCAUAGGAAGUCCGCAGGGCCUGCCGCGCCGCGGCGCUUCUUCCUGACUGCAGAGUGUGCAAUGCGGCUCGCUCUCUUUCCCAGCUGCGCAGCCCUCCAUCUCUCUGAUGGGCCCCACGCAGAGGACAACCCCCGGGAAUUUGGUGGCUUUCAACUGCACCGCUGGCCCCUUCGGCUCCUCCGAUUUCUAUGUCACCUGGAUGAAAGACAGAGAUGAGCAUCCAGCCUCAGCUCAGCGCCUGGUGACUGAGGACAAAGCCAAGUACACAGUCACCAGUAAGGUGUGGGUGACCCUGGACCGCCAAGAUGUCUCGUCGGAGAUGACCUGUGAAGUCACCCACAGGCACCUGGCGGAGCCCCUGCGGAAGAGCAUGAACCUCUCCCAAGUGCUCCGAGUUGUCCCCACCCUGAAGAUCACCACCAAGCCCUCUGGGAUGCAAAUCCAUGUGCAUCAGAGAGUGAAUCUCAUGUGCCAUGUGAGCCACUUCUAUCCCUCCCACCAGCACCUCACCUGGAUGGAGAACAGGCACAAGGUACAGACCGUGGAGUCCCCACCAGUCACCAGAAACCCAGAUGGGACCUACUCUCUGGAGCACACCUGGCAAGCAGAGGCCACGCUGAACGGGAGUGAGUUUGCCUGCUGGGUGGUCCAGGAUGAGCAGCCCCCGGUCCAAGCCAACAUCACCCUGCAGGCUCAGGCACCCAGCCUGGGGAAAGGCAGGAGCGGCCACUCUUAUGCUUUAAAAGGCCCCCUCCAGCGAUCUGAGCAAGGCUCGAGCAUCCAGCUGACGUUCACGCACCCCGGAUUCCCCACAGGUCAGGUUACUGUGACCUGGCUUAAAAACAACCACAAACUGUUAAAGUCCCAGACCAGCAUCCAUUCUCUGGGGAACAGCUACAAUGUGACCAGCAGUGUGCUCGUCCCGUUGCAAGCUGACGACGUGCCCUCCCUCGUCCUCUGCCACGUCAAGCACAGGUCUACACUGGUUUUCCAGAAAACCAUCAGCCUGGACCAGUACCUCCGUGUUCCCCUGCAGUGACAGUGUCCCAGGCUUCACCCUCCUUGGACUUGGUGGCCGUUACCUGCCACGUGCAGAGAUUCUACCCCCAGAGCGUGCGUCUCACCUGGAUGGAGAACUGCCGUGUGUUCCAGGGAGCGAAGCAGCC